UUCGUCUCAUUGGCUUCUUGGCUGUCCUUUCCCCUGUGAUCCGUGGUAAUGGUCCGUUUUCCUUCUUUCUUCCAGACUCGAAGAGGAAUGAGGAAAUCCGUUAACAUUCGGUGCACCAAGCAAUAGGCCGGACGUGACAAAAGGGUGUCUGGUGACGAGCAGAGAAAAAAAAAACGCCCCAUAAGAUUAACGGAUUGGAAGAUGUCCUCAUCUGCCUGGAACCUUUGGGCCGUGUGGUGGUUCAUUGUUCUCGGAGGUUGGAUACCGUUUACAAAAGGUUUCAGCCGGGCAGCCUUGCCCUUCGGCCUGGUCCGGCGGGAGCUGUCGUGCGAGGGCUACCCCAUCGACCUGCGCUGCCCCGGGAGCGACGUCAUCGUCAUCGAGAGCGCCAACUACGGACGCACGGACGACAAGAUCUGCGACGCGGACCUCUUCCAGAUGGAGAACGUGCAGUGCUACCUGCCCGACGCCUUCAAGAUCAUGACCCAGAGAUGCAACAACAGGACUCAGUGCAUUGUCAUCACAGGGUCCGACGUCUUUCCUGACCCCUGCCCCGGAACUUACAAAUACCUGGAGGUUCAGUACGAAUGUGUCCCUACAGUAGUACAGACCUUCAGCCUCACCUAA